GGUAAAAGAGAAGUUGCAAGGAAGGUAGGCACUCUAGGAAACCAUAUACAAUGCAAACGCACUCUAGAAAGGCAGAUCAAUAGGAAGGCAACAUUCAACAGAUCCAGCAAGCAAAAUAUGGCUUCUCUGACCAAUGAAGCAGCCAGUUCUUCGUCUUCUUCUCUCCCACGUUCUUCUAUUGAUCACCAAAAUCAUUACACAUACGAGGUCUUCCUGAGCUUUCGAGGCGAGGAUACACGCUUUAAUUUUACAGAUCAUUUGUAUACUGCUCUGUGUCAGAGGGGAAUUGAGACAUUCAGAGAUGAUAAGCUUAGCAGAGGAGAAGACAUAUCACAAGAGCUCCUCAAAGCAAUUGAGCAGUCGAGAGUUUCAAUCAUAGUCUUCUCUCAAAAUUAUGCUGCCUCAAGGUGGUGCUUAGAUGAACUGGUCAAGAUACUUGAAUGCAGAAAAUCCAAAGGACAGGAGGUUAGAGCGGUGUUCUACAAGGUGGAUCCCUCAGAUGUACGACACCAAAGAGGUGCUUUGGGUGACGCGUUUGCUACCCUUGAUCAAUGCAAAUACAAGGAUAGCAUGGAAGAAUGGAAGGCAGCUCUCAAGGAAGCAGCAGAUUUGUCUGGAUGGCCUUUCAAGGAUGGCGAGUACGAGUCUAAAUUUAUCAACGACAUUGUUGGGGAGUUGUCUGCCCGAGUGGUAAACCCUUCAUGUGACUUGCAAGUAGCUGCACAUCCUAUUGGAAUAGAGUCUUGUAGACAAGAUGUCAACAAACUUUUACACACCGAGGAAAAUAUUGUUCGCAUGGUAGGUAUAUGGGGGCCUGGUGGAAUAGGAAAGACCACAAUUGCGAAAGAUGUGUUUAAUUCUAUUUGCCAAAACUUUGAAGCUAGUUGUUUCUUGGCAGAUGUUAGAUCUAAUUCAAAUUGUCUAACCCAACUACAAGAGACACUUUUGUCUGAUAUUUUAGACUCAACUUUGAAGGUAAGUAGUGUUGAUCAAGGAGUCAGUUUAAUAAAGACAAGGAUGCGACAUAAAAAAGUUCUCUUAAUCCUUGAUGACGUAUCUCAUUCUAGCCAAUUACAUAACUUAGUUCCGUCUCCAAAUUGUUUUGGGCCGGGUAGCAGAAUUCUCAUAACAACAAGAGAUAAACGUUGGCUAAUUGCUCAUCAAGUCGAUGAAGUAUACGAGGUCAAGAUGUUAGAUUAUGAUCAAGCUUUGGAGUUGUUUAGCUUAAAUGCUUUCAAGAGAAAUGGACCUCCAGACGAUUAUCUGGAACUUGCACAACGUGCUGUACACUAUGCCCAGGGCCUUCCAUUUGGUUUGAUAGUUUUAGGGUCUCAUCUAUUUCAUAGAAGCAGAGAGGAGUGGGAAGCUACAUUAGAUAGUUGUAAAGAAGAACCCCACAGAGAGAUAAGAGACGUGCUCAAAAUAAGUUAUGAUGCUCUGGGAGUAGAUUUAAAAGGAUAUUUUCUUGAUAUCGCUUGUUUCUUUAAGGGUAAGCAUGUAGACAAUGUGAAGCCAAUACUAGAAGCUUGCUACGACCUCAAAUCAGUGAAUGGUAUUGCACAACUCCAAGAAAAAGCUUUGAUUAGAAUUGACGGAGUGCGUUGGACAAAUGGAAUAGACAAAGGUCGCAUUUGGAUGCAUGACUUGAUAGAAGAAAUGGGUAAAGACAUAGUGUAUCAAGAGUCACCUGGUGAGCCGGGGGAACGUAGCAGAGUAUGGAGCAAAGAAGAUGUCGACCACGUUCUAACAAAUAAUACAGGCACAGAUAAAAUUAUAGGCAUCCAGUUCUCGGAAUAUUCUAAGAUGUCUUUGAAUGCUAAAAGCUUCUCAGGGAUGAAGAAUCUUAGAUAUAUUUCUAUGAGCAGAAUGAUGAAAGAUGAAUGCUUUUCUGGAGACAUUGAUUAUCUUUCCAACCAGUUGAGAUGGCUUGAUUGGUCUAAAUGUCCAUUGCAAUCUUUUCCAUCUGAUUUUCAUGCAAACAAACUUGUAAAUCUCGAUAUUUCUGAGAGUCGCGGAAUCACACGACUAUGGGAGGGACGUAAGAAUUUUUCACGGCUAACAUGCAUGAAUUUAAGGGGUUGUCAUUCCCUAAUAGAACUCCCAAACUUUAGUGGAAUCCCCAACUUGAAAGAGUUGAAUCUAUAUGAAUGUCGCAAUUUAGUUGAGGUUCCUGAUUCCGUUGGAUUCCUACGAAACCUUUUUACCUUGAAUGUUGACUGCUGCUCUAACCUUAGUAUGUUUCCGAGAAAAAUCAACUUUAAAUAUGUAGAAACUAUUGUUAUCCGCUCUUGCAAGCUUGAGGAAUUUUCAGAAGUUGGGAAAGAGAUGGGUUCCUUGAGAAGUUUGGAUCUAUCACGCACAUGCAUUAAAGAAUUGGAUGAGUCGAUUGGAAAUCUCGUUGGGCUUGAAUGGUUGGGUCUUAAGGAUUGCAAAAAUCUUACAACUCUACCGUGCAGCAUUUAUGGAUUACAAAAUUUAAAGAUAUUUGAGGUUAGUAACUGCUCGAAACUUGUCAGAUUUCCAACAAAUACCAAAAUUUUGAAUGUCGAUGGUUGCCCAUUAUCACUUCCAAAGCUAGAGUGGUUCGACAUCGGAGGAUGCAGUUUACCAGAUUGUGAUUUCCUCGAGACUCUUGAUUGCUGGGAAACAUUAUUCCUGCUUGAUCUGUCAUUUAACAAUUUUGUUAGUCUUCCUGCUUGCUUCGCCAAAUUUGUCAACUUGCAGGUGCUUUUCUUGUGGGGUUGCAAGAGACUCCGAAAACUUCCAGAGCUUCCACCAAAUUUGUCAAUAAACAGUUUUGUUAGUCUUCCUGCUUGCAUCACCAAAUUUAUCAACUUGCGGGUUCUUUUCUUGGAGGGUUGCAAGAGACUUCGAGGAAUUCCGGAGCUUCCCCCAAACGUUUACCAUACAUCCAAUGGUCUUGUUUUUAAUUGGUUGAGAGAUUCUCGAAAUUGACAAAUCCUAGAGCUGUGAUAGAGGUGGAGUUUUUGUGUUCCGAAACUCGAAAACAACGGAAGAGUUGUCUACGGAACUCCAAAACGACAACGCACCGGGCAAGCAUCAAUGGUUCACUUUGCUCAUGAAAUGGUUCACUUUGAUCCCUGACCUGCACAGCUCCCAUCACUCAACAAAGACCCGUAGCUGUCUUUGUCUCUGCAACCAACGCUAACAUCCACUUCAACCAAAACUGAUCAAUCUGUGGAAUCAAUGAAGGCCUGGUCUUCGGAUCUGGUCGGCACUUGAGAGUGGCUACAUGAUCGAUGAUGGGGAAUAAUGGUAUCAAAACUGUUUGUACUUGUCCUCAUUGUUGAUCCUCAAUUGAUUCCAUUGUUGUAGGAGAAUAUCGGUGGUAUCAGCUAGCUAGGAAAUGCAAAUUAAGUGAUCAUAUGUGGUGGUUGGUGAGAGUUUUCUAAUUCAUUAGAAACUGGCAUGAGUCUCAUUAGAGGUUGCUGCAGGAUCAGGCUCUCUCCAAUCCAAAAAGCAUUCCUAUUCGACAAAACUGAUCAAUAAUGGGAACUAUAAACUUUCACUUGGAAUGGUCGCAGAUUUGGGCAUGCUGAUCUAACUGAAUAUGAGCCGACUGCAAAUAAGUUAGAAGUAAAGGUGAUGUGACAGGCAUGUGCUGACCUUCUUGAGGAAGUAAAAGUUGGUUUUCUUUGUUUCCAAGGAUGGAAUUGAUGCUAUGACUCUGUGAGUACUGCUUCUUUGAGUUUGCAUACGUUGUAAAUUCAUGCAAGCAAGUUGGUGCUGUAAAUAUCCAAUGAACCCCACCUAAAUUUAUACACGGAUGGAUAUUACCUAUUUCAAAGUUGGAAGGUUACCACUUACCAGCAAACAUACGGUGAUAUACCUUGAGAGUGGUGAGACUCUUAUGAUGGCCAGAGCAAGCAAUGAGUGUGAUUCCUCUCCUAUACACCAAUUUGUAUUCUGUUCAUUUUUCCUCCAACAACCUUUGUACCAAAAUAAGAUAUGAUUCAUAUGAAUGUCGUCUAAUGGGGUGGUUGAUCAAGAGUUUGCAGCAGAUAUAGCUAUAUUUUGGAACUUGUUUUAGGAGAUAACAUUGUUGUUAGUCCUGAUAUUUUAGGAAUGAAAUCCCUUCCGUAGUUAAUGACUCCUAAG